UUGUGAUUGGCAGGUUUUGGGAUCCCGCCUCCGAGAGGAGGGCAAGGCUGUGCUUAAAGGGCCUUGGCUCAGCUUUCUCGAGGUCAGAGGCUUGAGUGAAACACAGAGAGUAUAUCAUGUUGAAGAUGAGCCGGUGGCAGCGACAGAGCCAAAAUCAGAGCUGGAACCUGAGGAGAGAGUGUUCCAGGAGAAAGUGUAUCUUCAUACAUCACCACACUUGAAAGCAGAACCUAAUCCAACUAAAGAGAUGGCAGCUGAAUCAUUGCCUUUCUCCUUCGGGACACUGUCAAACUGGGAGCUGGAAGCUUGGUAUGAGGACCUGCAGGAAGUCCUGUCCUCAGAUGAAAAUGGGGGUAACUGCAUCUUACCCCCUGGAAAUGAAGAGG